CGGCCUCCCGCCCCCUCGGCACCCGGCGGCGACCCCGGCCGGGCCUGACCCGGAGCCAUGAGCCCCGGGCUGCUGCUGCUCGGUAGCGCCGUCCUGCUCGCCUUCGGCCUCUGCUGCACCUUCGUGCAUCGCGCUCGCAGCCGCUAUGAGCACAUCCCCGGGCCGCCGCGGCCCAGUUUCCUUCUAGGACAUCUCCCCUACUUUUGGAAAAAGGACGAGGUUUGUGGCCGCGUGCUCCAAGAUGUGUUUUUGGAUUGGGCUAAGAAGUAUGGACCUGUUGUGCGGGUCAACGUCUUCCACAAAACCUCGGUCAUUGUCACAAGCCCUGAGUCAGUCAAGAAGUUCCUGAUGUCAACCAAGUACAACAAGGAUUCCAAGAUGUACCGCGCCAUCCAGACCGUGUUUGGCGAGAGACUCUUUGGCCAGGGCUUGGUGUCUGAGUGCAACUACGAGCGCUGGCACAAGCAGCGGAGAGUCAUGGACCUGGCCUUCAGCCGCAGCUCCUUGGUGAGCUUGAUGGAGACAUUCAAUGAGAAGGCCGAGCAGCUGGUGGAGAUUCUGGAAGCAAAGGCGGACGGGCAGACCCCAGUGUCCAUGCAGGACAUGCUGACCUGCGCCACCAUGGACAUCCUAGCCAAGGCAGCUUUUGGGAUGGAGACCAGCAUGCUGCUGGGUGCCCAGAAGCCCCUGUCCCAAGCGGUGAAGGUGAUGCUGGAGGGUAUCAGUGCAUCCCGCAACACUCUGGCGAAGUUCAUGCCAGGCAAGAGGAAGCAGCUGCGCGAGAUCCGGGAGAGCGUCCGCCUUCUGCGCCAGGUGGGCAAGGACUGGGUGCAGCGGCGCCGGGAGGCCCUGAAGCGCGGGGAGAACGUGCCCGCCGACGUGCUCACGCAGAUCCUCAAAGCUGAGGAGGGGGCCCAGGAUGACGAAGUUCUGUUGGACAACUUUGUCACCUUCUUCAUCGCGGGUCACGAGACUUCUGCCAACCACUUAGCAUUCACCGUGAUGGAGCUGUCUCGUCAGCCUGAGAUCGUGGCAAGGCUUCAGGCUGAGGUGGACGAGGUCAUCGGCUCCAAGAGGCACCUGGACUACGAGGACCUGGGGAGACUGCAGUACCUGUCUCAGGUCCUGAAAGAAUCGCUGAGGCUGUACCCGCCAGCCUGGGGCACCUUUCGCCUGCUGGAGGAGGAGACCUUGAUCGAUGGGGUCAGAGUCCCAGGAAACACCCCGCUCUUGUUCAGCACCUACGUCAUGGGGCGGAUGGAAACCUAUUUCGAGGACCCACUGACGUUUAACCCGGAUCGCUUUGGCCCUGGUGCACCCAAGCCCCGCUUCACCUACUUUCCCUUCUCCUUGGGCCACCGCUCCUGCAUUGGACAGCAGUUUGCCCAGAUGGAGGUGAAGGUGGUGAUGGCGAAGCUGCUGCAGAGGCUGGAGUUCCGGCUGGUGCCCGGGCAGCGCUUCGGGCUGCAGGAGCAGGCCACCCUCAAGCCGCUGGACCCCGUGCUGUGCACCCUCCGGCCCCGGGGCUGGCAGCCCGCCCCCCCCACCCCCUCCCUGCUGAGGCUAGGUAGGACGGUACCCCUUGGGCCAGGGCCGUGCCCCCCUCUGCUGCUACCCACGGCCGCCCCACGUGUGCCCUCACCCGCCCCUCCUCCGGCCGCCCUGCCCACGGGCUCCUGCUUCGCACCCCCAGUGCUCCCUGCCACCCGCCAGCUCCGUGGCCCUCCCGUCGGGCCCUGCUUGACUCCCGGCCGCCGCCGCCGCCACAGUCCCUCCUCCACCUCCGCCCCUCUCGGCACUGGCCGCGCCCCACACUCUCGCUCCCUCCCCAAAGACUCCUCCCAGCACCACUUCCCCCAGGAGGCCCGCCCGCCACCCCGGCCGGCCGGCUCACCUGUGCUACCUCUAACACUGUACUGA